AUGCAUUCGAGGCCAGCAAUAGUUCACAUCUUAGGCCUUUUGGCUUUGACCGUUAUUAUUUCCUCAGAGGUAACAGCUAGGGUUUUCACUGAAACUUCCUCUAAUACCAAAAACGAUGUUGAAAAGAUAAAUGAAGCAAAUAAAGUCAGCUAUGGUUUUGGAGGCUACAGAGGUUUUGGUGGUGUUUACCCGGUUAAUGGCGGUUAUCUGAAUAAUGGUGGUGUUUAUCCGAGUAAUGGCGCUGGAUACUUUGGUAAUGGUGGUUACGGUGGUGGUUUUCCGAUUAAUGGUGGUGGUUACCCUGGUAAUGGUGGUUAUGGUGGUGGUUACCCGGGUAAUGUUGGAGGGAACAAUGUUAAUAAUAUUCUAGGUAACGUUGUUGGUAGUAUUGCAGACUUCAUAGGUAAUAUUGGUGAUCUUAUUGGAGGUCAAGGUGGUGCCGCAGUUGCUAAGCAAUCUAAGGACAACACUCGUAACUAA